CCAGUCAAUUGAAAUAUCCUGAUAAUACCAUAAAGAAUAGAAGGAGUUAUGGAAGAAAAUGUAUAGUAUUUAGGAUUCCAAAAUAAGGCUUCUGCAGUUUUGUAUUGAGCCUCAUGGUGUCGCUGUUCACCAAUAAGGAAAAAAAGUAAAAGAUCUAGCCUCACAACCUUAGCUAUUACAGUGCAGCACACAAUAACUGAGGCAAGGCUGAACAUGACAGUACAGAAAGCAAAACUGAAGUAAGUUUUGCUUAGAAACAAUUUGGCUAUUUUGAACUGGAACUAGGAGCAGAACAAAGGGAACACCAGAAACCAAUCAUUAGAGCUUUUGAAGAGAACCAGCAUUUUUUAUCCUGGUACAAAAUCAUGGAAGAAACCCAGAGACUCGGGAGUUGCAGAAAAGGAAUCCUUCAAUGCUUUGCCAUGGUGACUAUCUGGAAGGCAGUUUCCGGGCAGAUCCGCUAUUCCAUUCCUGAGGAGAUGCAGAAAGGCUCUUUUGUGGGGAAUGUUGCAAAGGACCUGGGAAUGGAUGGGAAGCAGCUUUCAGACCAUGGACUCCGCAUUGUUUCCAGUGUAGGUAUGGUUCAGUAUUUUGCUUUGAAUGUCAACAAUGGCCAUUUACAGAUUUCUGAGAGAAUAGAUAGAGAGGAAAUCUGUGGAGAGACAGACAAAUGCAUAUUGAAGUUGCAGGUUUUUAUUGAAAGUAAAUUAAAACUUUAUGGUAUUGAAGUGGAAAUUACAGAUAUAAAUGACAAUGCACCCUGGUUUCUACCAAAGGAAUGGAAAAUGAAAAUCAGUGAGACAUCAACACUCAGAGACAGGUUUCUUCUACCCAAAGCUCAGGAUCCAGAUCUAGGGAUAAAUUCUAUACAAGAUUAUCAACUUGCAGGCAGUAGCCAUUUUUCUCUGCAUGUGCAGACAGGAGAAAAUGGGGCAAGACAUGCUGAGCUGGUGCUGGAGAAACUUCUGGACAGGGAAGAGCAACCAGUUUAUGAUCUCAUCUUCACAGCUACUGAUGGGGGUGAUCCAGUGAGAUCUGGUACUGCUCAAAUCCAUGUGAUUGUUCUAGAUGCAAAUGACAAUGCACCGAUUUUCACGCAACAGAUCUUUGAAGCAAGCAUGAAUGAAAAUAUUCCUAAAGGGUCGAUAGUGUGCACAGUGAGAGCCACCGAUAUAGAUGAAGGAACCAAUGGAGAGGUAAAAUACUCCUUUGAAAAAAACACAGAGAAAAAUUCUAAAAUGUUUCUACUGAAUUCAACAACAGGAGACAUUACCCUUGCAGGAAGCCUUGAUUUUGAAAUAUCAUCUUUAUAUGAAUUUGAGGUGCAAGCCAUUGAUGGUGGUGGUCUAAGUAACAGAUCAAAGGUUGUUAUCUUUGUAAAAGACUUAAAUGAUAAUGCACCCGAAAUAGCAAUAACUUUUGUUCUCAACUCUGUGUCUGAGAACACACCAACUGGAACUGUCAUUGCCAUUUUAAAUGUCCAAGACAAAGAUUCAGGAGUCAAUGGGGAGGUUAUAUGCUCAAUUCCCAAUAGCCUUCCUUUUCAACUUAAAAAAACAAUGGACAAUUUUUACACUUUAGUGACAGACAGAGCCCUUGACAGGGAACAAGUGGCGACCUAUGAUAUCCCUAUUACAGCAACUGAUAAUGGGACUCCGACAUUAUCAACCUCUGCAAUUAUUUCACUGCAGCUGUUAGACACAAAUGACAACCCCCCAUUCUUUUUGCAGUCAGCCUACACCUCUUAUCUUCUAGAAAAUAAUCCAAGAGGAGCCUCAGUCUUUUCCCUGAAAGCAAGUGAUCCAGACUGGGAAGAAAAUGCCAGACUAACAUAUUCCAUCACUGAUGACCAAGGAAGUGACUCCCGCCUCUCCUCCUACCUCUCCAUUAACUCUGAGACGGGGGUUAUAUAUGCUCUGACCUCCUUUGAUUAUGAAGAGUUUCGAGACAUUCAGUUCCAUGUAAAGGCCCAGGACGGAGGUUCUCCACCACUCAGCUCCAAUGUCUCAGUGACUCUCUUCAUCCUGGACCAGAAUGACAAUGCUCCCCAAAUCCUAUAUCCCUCCCCUCCCACUGACGGCUCCACGGGGAUAGAGCUGGCCCCUCGCUCCUCUGAGCCAGGCUACCUGGUCACUAAGGUGGUGGCCGUGGAUGCAGACUCUGGCCAGAAUGCCUGGCUCUCCUACCAGCUGAUCAAGGCCACUGAGCCAGGGCUCUUCACUCUGGGGCUCCACACGGGAGAGAUCAGGACAGCCCGCUUCUUUCUGGAGAAAGAUGCCCUCAAGCAAAGCCUGGUGGUUUUAGUGAAGGACAAUGGGCAGCCACCUCUCUCUGCUUCAGCCACUCUGACUGUGGUGCUGGCUGACGCCAUCCCUGCAGUCCUCUCAGAUUUGAGCAGCAUCUCAGUUCCUGUAGAGCCUCCGUCUGACCUCACCUUCUACCUGGUCCUUGCAGUGGCUUUUGUCUCCUGCUUGUUCUUCACUUUCCUCCUUGUAUUACUGGCCAUCAAGUUGCACAGGUGGAGAAAUUCUCAGCUGCUUGAGACGGGGAGUGUGAAUUUCAGUGGUGCUCCUAUCUCACAGUUUGUGGGGAUUGACGGAGUCCGAGCAUUUCUGCACUCCUACUGCCAGGAGGUUUCUCUCACUACAGACUCUAGAAAGGCAAAUUAUUCCAAUACUCUGAGCAAUAAAGAAGCUUGUGAGGCAAAGGAUCCAAUCCUACCUGGUGAAGAUUUAAACUUGAACAAUGAAGGCUUAAUCGUAGUCCAGGUGAGCAAACAAUUUUAUGAAAGAAGGAGGAAAUCAGAAACAACAAUGGAUGUUAUGGAAAUAAAGCAGGCAGAGAGAACAAGGAAGAUCAUCAGGAGGCAAGUACUGUUUCUGUUCAUAUUCUGGUCUGUGUUCUUCUGCCAGGUGGGGUCUGAGCAGGUUCAAUAUUCAGUUCCAGAGGAAGCAGAGCAGGGCUCCUUUGUGGGAAACCUUGCUAAAGAUCUGGGGUUGGAUGUCAGAGAGCUGUCAAAGCGCAAGCUUGGUAUUUCUUCAGAAAAGCAAUUCUUUGAUCUGAAUGAACAAAAUGGCAACCUGUAUGUGAAUGAGAGGAUAGACCGGGAAGAGAUUUGUGGGGAAUCAUCCACUUGUGUCCUCGAAUUAGAAGUUGUGGCACACAAUCCUUUGAAUAUUUUCCAUGUAAAUAUUUUAAUCCAGGACAUUAAUGACAAUGCGCCACAUUUCCAGAAUGAAAAUAUUGAGCUUAAAUUGAGUGAGUCUACUCUGCCAGGAACUCGAUUUGCUCUUGGAAAUGCUGAAGAUGAUGAUAUCGGAAUGAACUCCCUCCAGAAUUAUCAGUUGAGCUCAACUCCAUUUUUCAAACUAGAAAUUCAAAACAGCAAUGAUGGCGGAAAGUAUGCAGAAUUAGUAUUGCAGAAACAACUGGACAGGGAAAAGGAACAAAUGCAUAACAUGGUCCUUACAGCCAUGGAUGGUGGAGAACCUCCAAAAACUGGAACAGCCAAAAUAUUGGUUGCAGUUAUUGAUAAUAAUGACAAUGCCCCUGUUUUCACCCAGACAAUCUAUAAAGUGAGCCUGAAGGAGAGUGCACCCAAAGGAACCUCUGUGCUUCAAGUCAAAGCAUCUGACAGUGACGAAGGGUCAAAUGCUGAGAUCACUUACACUUUCAGUGACAUCCCAAAAACAGCCAAGCAGAAGUUUCAUCUAGAUCCCAGAGAUGGAACAAUCACACUCAUAGAAAGUGUUGAUUUUGAGGACAGGCAAAAAUAUGCGAUGAUAAUUCAGGCAAGUGAUGGAGGAGGCUUGGCGGCACAUUGCAAUGUGGAGAUUGAGGUUCUUGAUGAGAACGACAAUGCUCCAGAUAUGAUCCUUACAUCCGUGUCCAGCCCAGUUCCGGAAGAUGUCACAUCUGGAGCUGUAAUUGCUCUCAUUAAAGUUCAGGACAGGGAUUCUGGGGAUAAUGGAGAUGUCACCUGUCACCUGAAGGAACUUGUACCUUUCCUGAUAGUAUCAUCUUCAAGUAAUUACUUCAAGCUCCUCAUAGAUGGUGCCCUUGACAGAGAAAGGACUCCCGACUAUAAUAUUACAAUCACAGCAACAGACAAAGGCACCCCUCCACUCUCCACACACAAAUCCAUAUACAUACAGAUCUCAGAUAUCAAUGAUAACCCACCAGCCUUUGACAAAUCUUCCUACACUGCCUACGUUCCAGAGAACAACCCAUCUGGAGCCUCAAUUUUCCACGUCAAGGCCUCUGAUCCAGAUCUGGAUCGCAAUGCCAGAAUCACUUACUCCAUCCUUAACAGCAACAUCAAGGACCUGCCUCUUUCCUCCUAUGUCUCCAUUAACUCUGAGACCGGGAUCAUCUAUGCCCAACGCUCCUUUGACUAUGAGCAAUUCAGGGAGUUUCAGAUUCAAGUGAAGGCCCAAGAUGGAGGUUCUCCACCACUCAAUAGCAGUGCCACAGUGACAGUAUGUGUUUUGGAUCGAAAUGAUAACGCUCCGCAGAUCCUGUACCCCUCACAAUCAACAGAGGGCUCACCUUUCUUUGAGAUGGUGCCUCGGUCAGCUGAGUCAGGUUAUCUGGUGACGAAGGUGGUGGCCGUGGACUCUGAUUCGGGACACAAUGCCUGGCUCUCCUUCCAUCUCCUGCAGGCCACAGAGCCCUCACUCUUCAGCAUUGGCUCCCACACAGGAGAGGUGCAAACAGUCCGAGCAUUACUUGAGAGAGAUGCAGUGAAGCAGAGGCUGGUCAUCCUGGUGAAGGACAAUGGGCAUCCUCCUCUCUCAGCCACCACAACUUUGAGCCUGGUGUUUGCUGAGAACUUCCAGGAGGCUCUUCCAGAAAUGAACUCCCAACCAAAUGACUCAGAGUAUCAGUCUGAUCUACAGUUUUAUUUGGUAUUGGCCUUGACCUUGGUGUCCUUUCUGUUCUUGGUGACGGUGAUUCUGACCAUUCUGAUGAAGCUUCGAAGGUCAAGAAACCCCACUUUCCUUCAGUGCUUUAUUCCUGACCCUCACUCAAAGGCUGGUGCCAUAUUCCCACCUAAUUAUGAGGACGGAACUUUGCCUUAUUCCUACCAGGUCUGUCUGUCCUCUGAAUCCAGGAGGAAUGAGUUGACAUUCCUGCAGCCCACUGUCCAAAUAGCAGAGAACAUCCUUUGCAAUGGCAACUCUGACAUUUCUUUGAUGGUCAGUGGAGGCAAUUUAAUUUCUGAAAAGGAAAAUGACAGCACGGUGAGUCAUAUUUCAUGUUCUUUAUAGGGAAUUUGGUGUUAUCAAUUGUUUGAGAGUUUAUUUGUAAACAGUGGAUGUUAUCAAACUGGCACUCCAGACAAUUCAUGCCAUGUCACCAGGGAAGUUGGUAGGGGGUAGUACUGAGCUGCUACUGCUGCAGAUGAAGCUAAUGGAAUGGGCCUUCUAGCAGUUGUUGAAGGGCAAAAUUGCAGGUUGGGGGGAGCUUCAGUUAGAAUUAUGCAGAUGCAUAUUUGCAUGCUGACUUAGGGUGAGAAUCUCGGACCACAGGAUGGCAUAGCAUGUUUGAGUGGAGACAGUGCUUAUCCUUCCUUCCUUCCUUCCUUCCUUCCUUCCUUCCUUCCUUCCUUCGUAGUAUGACUAAAAUUGAAUAUGUAGCUAUUUUAAUGUUCUGUCUUAAAAACCCCCAGAAAAACAGACAUCAAAAAAUAUUGCGUUGUAUAUUCUUCAAGAAGUUUGAAAAUAUUCUAUUUAUAGGACAACUUCUCCUUAUUAUUAAACUAAAUAUUAGGAAGUUUGUGGGGAGUUUUUUAUGUGUUAUGGGGAAGGAAAUAGCAGAUUGAACAUCUUUUGUUGGCGGUCUGCCAGCAGGGAUAAUUACAUGGUGAUUGAUGAUAGCCAGACAUAAGUCUUGGUUCCCAUAUCAUUUUGGAAAAAAGAGUGAACAAGAGAUUAAUCUCUGGUGCUUUGAAAAAGCUGUUUUCUACUGUCAAGAGACCAAGAAGCAGUCAGCUCCUAGGAACUCAGAUGGGGGUUAAGCGACUUGAGAGCUGAGGAAUUUACAUCUUGCCCCAAAGCCAUGAAAGAGCCGUGAUGGGUAUGGGAUCUGCAAAAGCCUCCCUUUGUUAAUUAUUUUUGGGACAGUUAUAAUUUAUAACUGAGGGAGAUUUGUCCAUCAGCUGAUGAUAAUUCACAUUCAGUGUGUGAGCUGCUUUUUGGCUUCAAGAAGAAGGGAAGGGAAAUUGAACAUUAAAGGUUUGAAGGCAGAACAAAAUGCCUAUUUUGUGGUUUGAGACAAGAAAGUUUUAAACGAACAAUGGAGAUCUGUGUUUUUGUAUUUUUCAGAUUGAGAGUAUAUAAAUGUUCUACAUUGUUAAACUGUUAUAUUAUUAAAAAUGAAUGAAAACAA